AUGGCUUGUCCCUACUGUGGUGGAAACAGUAUCGAGUAUGACUCUGGUCAAGGAAACGCAACCUGCACGGGCUGUGGUGCCGUCUUGGAAGAAAAUACCAUUAUUGCAGAAAUCUCGUUCAAUGAAAGCGGAGGAGGAGCUGCAUCGGUGGUCGGAACAUUCGUCGGCGAAGGCAAAGCUGGAGCGCGAUCUAUGGGACCGGGACGGAGACAGACAAGUCAGGAAUCGAGAGAAAAGACAUUAGAUGCGGCCAGGAGACGAAUUACAGCUAUGGCAGUCGCCCUCAAGCUGAACGAACAUCAUGCCGAAGUCGCCCAGCGCUACUUCAACCUUGCCAUCACCAACAACUUUAUUCAGGGUCGUCGAAGUGAACAUGUUGUCGCCUGCUGUCUUUAUAUCGUCUGCAGAAUGGAAAAGACCACCCAUAUGUUGAUCGACUUUUCUGAACUUCUUCAGUUGAACGUGUUCAAGCUGGGAGUGACAUUUCUGCAUUUGACAAAGCAGCUGAAUCUUCAGUUGCCCCUGGUUGACCCAUCACUGUACAUUUCUCGAUUUGCAACAAUGCUGGAUUUCGGUGAGGAUACACAACGAGUCGCCAACGACGCUCUUCGCUUGGUGUCGCGCAUGGAUCGUGAUUGGAUCAGGACUGGUCGUCGCCCAGCUGGUGUCUGUGGCGCCUGUCUUCUCAUUGCUGCCAGAAUGCAUCAUUACAGACGUUCGCAAAGGGAGAUCAUUCAGGUCGUCAAGAUUGGAGAGUCUACUUUGAGGAAACGUUUGGAUGAGUUUGCAUCGACACCUUCAGGUCAAUUAACGGUGUCUGACUUCCGCGAAUUGUGGCUGGAAGAUGCAUCAGACCCACCUGCGUUCACAAAGUCAAGGAAAAAGACUCAUUGGGAGCUUGGAGAAGACGAGGAGGAAGAGGAUGAAGUCAACCAGGAGAUUAUCCGUCGUGGACAGAGGACAUCCAAGAUUGACUUGCAUACCGUCAAGGAGGGCGAGGACGAUGAAACCACUGCUGAGCAUGUUGUCCCUGUGGCUGGCAAGCGGAAACGAGAAACCGAUGAUGAGGGAGACGAAGAAGAGGAAGCAGCAGUGGCUACAGCAAAGAUUGCAGGAGAAGGUGAAGUGGAAGAGGAGGAAGAGGAGGGAGAAGGGGAGGAAGAAGAGGAAGAAGAACUUGAGGAGGAGAUGGAAGCGGCCAUGCACAACCCUCUGAUCAUGCAGGAAGAAGCUCGCCUGGAUGCUGAGGAUGAGGCGCGCAAGUUGAUUCCAUAUGAGCCCUUGGAUGAUGUGGAUGAUGACGAGAUUGACAGCAUUAUCCUGAACGACGACGAAGUCAAGAUCAAGACUCAAGUCUGGAUGGAGUUCAACAAGGAGUACCUGCAGGAGCAGGAGGAGAAGCGUGCACGUAUCGAGAUGGAAAAGAAGAUGGGCAUCUACCACAACAAGAAAGGACGCAAGAAGGCGAAGCGCAAUGUUCAGGGAGCGGGCUCAUCGACGGCAGCAGAGGCAGGAAAGAACAUUUUGCAACCAAAACUGCCUCGGCAAAAGUCGAAAAAGAUCAACUACUCUGCACUGGACAACAUGGACGAGCUCUUCGACACAAAACCAAUCGUAUACGAAUCUGGAUCACCAGCACCCAUCAAGUCUGUCUUUGAAGAACCAGGAUUGGUCCGGACACCUGUUCGGUCACGACAGUCGUCCAUGGGUCCUAGUCGGGAGGGGUCAGCGCGCCCAGGUCGUUUGGCGUCCGUCAGUCGAAUGAUCAAGAGUAAAACGGGUAAUUCUGUAAAGUUUUCGUCCACCCCCACAGGGAGCAGGACGGCUUCGAGGGAGCAAUCGAUGCAGGCGCGCAACAUGGCGUCUAAUGGAUCACAGCGGGAGAAUGACGAGGAUGAGGAUGAGAUUAUUGCGCCUCCCAAGUCGCGGACGAGGGCUGAACGUGAGGCUGAGGCUACCCCUGCGCCAGAGGAGGAGGAAGAGGUUGUGGAGGCCGAAGAGGAGGAAGAGGAGUUACCUGCACAGUCAUGGGGCGCAAUAAUGGGAUACAGUCAGGUCGAGGAGGAGGAUUAUAACUACAACGAUAUGGGCGACGACUGGUGA